GCCGUCACGGUAUCAGCGCCUUUAAGAUUCCGCUAGGAUAACUAGGCAUUGUGUCACAUUCUUCGGGGGAUAUCCACAGUUUACUUCGGUCUCUCCUGGUCGGGCAAAGGAUGAAGAAUACCAGUCUGUUGUUGCUGACCAUCUGGUCGGUGUUUGGGGCCUACUUGGGCCUCUUACUGACCAGCGUGGGCACCUUUACGAACCAAUGGGUGUUCACCUCGGAGGAGAGACAUCUUGACUUCCACAACGGCACCCUGAGGAUCACCAUGGACAUGUACUCAGGGCUGAUGGAGUCGUGCAGGAUAGGAGUUACAUACAGGUGGGACUUGAAGGACGCAUGGAGGCAAGUGGAGCCCAACUCGACUCAGGAAAUCCUACCAAGACCUGGCUCCCCUGCCUGCGUGAAAAUCCGAAGUGUGCUUCCGGCCCCCGGCUCACCGCCUAAAGACAUCACCUCAGCUGCACUAGGUAAGAUGCACACUGGUAUAGAUCUAGCAGCCACAGUUUAG